AUGUAACAAGAGAUUGAAGUAUAAUCUCCAGAUCAUCUGAAUAAGUCCCAGUCAAACUCGAAAUCAAAGCUAAAUUCUUAAGGGUCAUCUUAAAAUUUGAAUUCUCCAAAGGAUAAUAAGUCUAAUGAAAUUCUAAGCAAAGAGCAUUCGCGAAAUCAAUCUUUGGAGAAAGGCCAUUAAGAUGGUGAGCAAAAUGAAGAACUAAUUGAACAUUAAGAAAUGUAACAGGAACAAGAUGUAGUGUCUUAAUAAGUUGUGUAGCCAGGUCAAGAAUAAGAGCAAGAUUAGAAUAAAAAAGAUUUAGCAAAAAAGAAAAGACAAAGAAUUUCAAUUUUAAACAAUGCUCAUCGGGCUUUUAAAGGAAAGGAAUAAAAGGUAAGUCAGACAUCUUUUACUUCCUUUUCUCCUGAUUCAACUCCAGACCCAAUUUCCAAUAAUCGAUAGAGUAAAUUUUAACUAUCGACGCAAAAGUAAUUGGAGAUGGAGGAGUAGGAGAAGAAGGAUGAGAAUUUGAGAGUGAAAUUAAUAGAGUGGUUGAAGACUGAGUUUAUGUUUAAGCAAAUACACCCAUUUGAUUUAUUCACCGCGUUGGAUGAUCCUAAUGCGGAGUUUCUUCUGCGUUAGAGUGAAUUGGAAUAGGCGUUUAAAUAUGUAAAUAUUGAAAUUGGAGAAGAUAAUUACAGAAUAAUAAACAAAUAUUACAAAGUGAAAGAUGGACUGAGCACUUUGAAAUUAUGCUAUCAUAUUGUUGAUGAUUAACCAGAAUUAAUGUUUAUGGCAUUAAAUCACAUAAUCAUCAAGUAUCGUAUAUUGGUUGACAUCUUUUUUGAUGAAAUCACAUAAUCCGAAAAGCUAUUUACAGCUGAUUCCCUGAAAUUAUUGAAUAAGGAAUGGGAAUGGGGAUUUGAGGAAAAGCAAAUGUCUGUUGUUCAUAAUUUGAUGACUGACUAUGGAAACUCUUCGAUGAACUUUCAACUAUUUAAGUAGAAGCUUUAACAAAGUCCUUAAGCAGUUGACUCAAGUUUGAAUUUGGAAAUGUAUUAAUCUUUGGUCAAUCUAAUAAUUCAGGAUGAUUCUGUGAUGACAUUUAGUUUGCUGUUGUAGGAUUAGGAUCAGGCAUCAUCUGGAGAGGUUGCUUUGUACAUUUUCAUUGAUAUCCUAUCCAUGUAUAUAGACAGAGCUCUGUCUAAGAUUGAGAUGAAUGCAAUCAGGAUAUUCCUUUAGGUUGAGAAGGACGAGGAGGUUGUGGCUUACAAUAAAUUGCUAACAGACGCUCUCAAAAUCAUAGAGAAUCAAAAAACCUUAAGAUUAUAAUAAACUGCCAAAAUACAGAAGUUUUAACUCUAAUUGAUGUUAUUGUACUUUAAUUCAAUUGAUAAUUUAUCAUAGUUACAGGAGUAGUACUUUAAAGAAAAGAAUAAAAUAAGCAAGGAUCAUUUUAUUAAAUAGACAAUUUAGGUAACGAAUGGCAAGGUGGACAAGGAGAGUGCGAAUGCCAUUUUUUAGAUGAUCUAAGAAAGUAAACUUGAUUAGAAAAGUUUCAAUAUAACAGAUCUUGAGUUUGAUUAAUUCAUAAAGAAGAAGAAGCACGAGUUGUCAAUAUCAGACAAGACUGAUCAAAUAAAUUCGCCUUUAAAUUAAGAAUAGUUUAAGGAAUUGUACGAAUUGUAAAGGAAUUUGAAUAAGAAGUCAUUGAAUAGAUUGUCAGCGUAGAUUAUAAUGAGUCCCAAGUCAUCUGACUAAUCAAAUCAGAACUCCCCUGACAAAUUGGAUUUGAAACAAGUAUAAGGGUUAUUGAGUAAGCAAUCAUAGCAAAAGGAGGUUGUCUAAGAAUAAUAAAUAAAACAGGAGGAGAAGGCACAGAUAUCUACUCAACAAUUAAAGAUGGAUAUAUAUUAAUAUUUUGAGGAUUUGGACACAAUUCAAUUGAAAUAUUUGACACAAUAGCAAAUGUUCUUUGGACUUCUGAAAUUAGGCAUUUUGAUUAAGGGUCAAACGUUGAUGCAAUAAAAGUCGUAUGAUUAUGGAGGAUUUGAGAAGUUUGUAUUGCUGCAAUUAAAGACCUUUUAUAAUUCUCAAAAAUUGAUAUAUCUAUUGAAAUAGGAGUUCGAUUAAUAUAAGGAAGCUGAGACUGAAGUUGUUAAUAUGCAAUAAUUAAAGUAGUUGUUCGAGAAGGUGAAUUUGAAUGUGAAAUUUGAGGACGUGAUUUUCAUUUAUUAAACAUUGGAUAGAGAGAGAAGUGGUUAUAUAAAUUUGGAGGAUUUUUUUUAUUUGAUUCAUUAACACCCCUUGAUUGAGUAUAGAUUGAAUGAGUUGCUAUUUCGAAUGAAAGGUUACUACGAGAAUUCACUAAGAGCACAACGAAUCUUUUAUUAAAAAAUGCCGUUUAAUUAUAUAAGACCCUUCUCGAUCAAAGCAAACCCACCCAGUUCUUCUUUUCGAUUUAAGCCUGAUGUAUUGGGGAAAUUUUAAGUUGAGCAAAAAGGCAAGGCAUGGAAUGUCUACAAAGUCAAGAUUUUGUCUGGCGAAGGAAUACCAUCACCAGAGGAUAAGAAAUCGUGUUUCAGGAGAGAAGUUGUGGUGGGAAUAUACGAUAAGUUUUAUAAGGAGUUCGUAGAGAAUACUGUAAUUGUGAAGGCUAAGUACAAUGAGGAAAAUGAGGAUAUUUGGGAAUUCCCAUCUCGGAAUAGGAGUAAUGGUUUUUUCUUGAAUUGUGAGAAAAAGCACAACGAUUUACAUUUAAUUUUGCUAUUUGAAUUGAUUAGCUACUAUUUGGAGAAUGGUGUGGUGUAAAAAGUGAGUUGUGGAUUUGUUGAGAUCCCAUUUUCCCACAUCAUUUAAUAGGGGACCUUCGAUCUUCCAUUGAAGGGUGGGAUCAUAGAAUAAGAGAUAGCAAUAAAUCGAGGGGAUGUGAGAUGCAAAAGAGGGGGAUUUGCGAGUUUGGCUGCAAAGAUAAAGGGAGAGAUCAUUCCUCAUUUAACUAUUAGUUCUGCCAAAAGAUCCCGUAGACCAGCUUUGCUGAUAGAAUUAGAGACUCUUCCUCCCUUGUGUUUAUGUCACAGGAACAUGACUUAAAUAGUUUAUGCGUACAAGAGAUUCGCCAGAGACAUACUGGAGGAAGAAGGAGAGGUUUAUAUACAAUCAUUGAAUAUGUUUCUAUUUUCACUGGAUUGUCCGUACAUUAAUAAUCGAAUUUGCAGAUUGUGGAUAAACACAAUUAAAGGAAAGAUGAUUGGUAAAGAAAAGAGUGUAUUCUCCAUUCUGAUUGGGUAACUACAAAAGCUAAUGAAGAUGAAGGCUUUCAGUUUCAAUCCUUACUCGCCUUAGGAGAUCUUCCCGCCAGAAGUGGGGAAGUAGAAAAAGGACAUAGUUAAGUCGGUGUUGCUGAAUACGGAGUUCUUAAUUGAUUCAUCCUUCGAAAACAAAUUGAAUUUGCCUGGGGAUAAGAUCUUGGAAGAGCAGAUCCAGAAGUUUGGAGAAAUGUAGGAAUAGGGGAUAUUUGAUAAUGGAUAGAAUCCCUUUGAUCCCUAUAAAAACGGACUAAAUUUGAAAGGGUAUGAACCUUACGUAGAAUAAAUCAUAUGA